AUGGAGAAGCUCCCCGUAGAGAUUCUCUGCGAGAUUAUUGACUAUCUCACCCCACAUGAGCGGGUACAGCUUCAAUCCGUCUCGAGGCGGCUGUUCUCCGUCGCCCGCGAUAAUAAUCUCUGGCGGCUCCACUGUUUCGAAGAGUCAUGGAGCGCUCCCGGAGCCUUGCGUCCCGCCACCAACAGGGCGCCCGAGAGCCUCGUCUCCAACUCCGCGGCGUCCCUCCGCUCACUAGGCCAGACCUCGCUUCGGUCGCUUAUCCAGCCAGGCGCGUCCCGGCCUAACGAGGCUACACCAGAGGGUCUGGAUCAAUCACCGUCGUAUGGUCUGCGUUCCAGAGCGGCGGCGUCGUGGGACCCGUCUUACGAAGGGGAAGAGGUCAACUGGUACUCGGAGUAUAUCGCUCGGAAUGGACCGAUUUCGCUUAGCUGGAUGCAGCAACCCUUCACAAGGGUAUCCCAGGGCGGGAAAAGGGAAUAUCGUGAGGUCAAAGGCAUGGGGCUGCUUCGAGACUGGAGCUCUGCCAGACAGAAUAAAGUGGUUGCACCCCUUGAUGAUGGCAGUGUCUGCAUCUGGGAUCUGAAUCACUCGCACUCUAUUGGGUCCCAAAGCACCAAGGGUAAGGUCCUCGGCGUCAGCUCCCCGGGGAUCUUGACGGCCAACCGGUCUGGAAGACGGGACAACCCCGGAGCGAAGCAAGCCUUGGAAUUCGUGAACCUUGGAGAAUGCGUCAGUGUAGACUCCAUGCGUCGGAGAGCCUACUUGGCUGUCGGGAACAUUCUGAACGAGGUCGACCUCGAGACACUUAGCGUUAUUUCUCAGCAACGCUUCCCAUGGUCUGUUUUUGCACUGUCUCAGGAGACAGAUUACUCGGUGCCGUUGACGCUGGCAACCACUCUCAGUCUUCAUAUUUACGACGGCAGGAUGUCAGCGACGGAGGAAGAAGAGGCUAUCAAUCUACGCUGCGAGGAGCCGACGGUAUCGCUCGUCCCCAAGUCCCAGAUCUAUGCUCCUCCAGAUUCGCCUCUUCUCCAACUUCAACCAAACGGCCGGCCUCCGCACCGGAUACGAAGCCCGGACCCUUCAAACAACAGUGACAACUACGCACCGUUAUUUCAACCCGGACCGCUGUCCCUUCUACACCCUCCUGCGCCGCAUGUGAAUUCGAUCUUCCUCGCAGGCCGGUUUCCCAGCAUCUUACAAUACGACCGUCGCUUCUUCCCGCGACUACAAAACACAAUCCACUCCGGUGGCCAACUCUGUGGGCUUGCGGCGGUUCCUGCGCCGCGAUUCCCUGUUUUCUCCAACUCUGAGUUUCCAACUUCUCACAAACUGGUAGCCUGCGGUGACUAUAAAGGACGGGGUUCUCUUGAGCUCUACAACCUCACCCCUUCCGGCAGCAACAUCAAGGCCGAUCCUUCGGGCUGCUCGUCCACUCUGUCUACAGUGUAUCAGAACCGGCAGAGUGUCGCCAGAUCGAAGGUGCUCUCAGUCGAAUCUCACGGGACACGAAUCGUAUACUCCGACGCAGACGGCAACAUCAAGUGGGUGGAGCGCGAUGGACGGGCCGAAGUCCGUCGUCUGAACAUUAAUGCCUACCAACCCCAGCGCAGGUGGUAUGGGCAGCCCAAUGGGGACACCUCGUCAUCUAUUCGCUCAGGAACCAGUGCUGGUGCCGAUGGCGAGGACGGAAACACGCCCGGCCUGUGGGGCAGCUUAUCACGUUCUCGCAAUGAUGGUGAAGUCGCUCGGAAAGUUCUCCCGACGGGCGGCAGCUUGACGGGCGAUGAGCUCCUAGUCUGGACUGGAGAACACCUCGGACGCAUCAGGUUCUCCAAUGUGCCAGACGCCGACCUGGAUCUGGACGAUGAAGAUGAAGACAUGGCUAUUGAUGGGAGCAUCCCGGAAGCCGAGCGCGAGGUGAGACGGAAGAAACGACGGGACCUACGGCAGCGGGAAGAGGAGUAUGCUACCAUGAUGCGGAAGGCACUGGAGAGGCAGGCCGAUGAAGUGAGGCGGAUGGGCGGCCUGGGACUGUGA